CAAGCAUCAUCAGGCAUGGACUCAGGGAGGAAGCGUGGUCUUGAACAUUUGGACGAGUAUGAACCAAAAGCAGCAAAAACAGGCAAAAUUAGCCUCCAUGAUCGGAUGGCUGAGAGGAGGCUCAUUGUUAUUCUGGAAGGAGCAUCGUUAGAGACUGUGAAGGUUGGAAAAACGUUUGAGUUGUUGAACUGCGACCAGCACAAAAACAUGAUCAUCAAAAGUGGAAGAGACCCGGGACACAUUAGGCCAGAUAUCACACAUCAGUGUCUGCUCAUGCUGAUGGACAGCCCGCUGAACAGAGCAGGCCUUUUGCAGGUUUAUAUCCACACAGAGAAAAACGCCUUAAUAGAGAUCAACCCACAGACCCGCAUCCCAAGAACGUUCAAUCGCUUCUGUGGCUUAAUGGUUCAGCUGCUGCACAAGCUGAGCGUCAGAGCCUCGGAUGGUCCUCAGAAACUGUUGAAGAUGAUUAAAAAUCCAGUGUCUGACCACCUGCCUCCUGGAUGCCCCCGCAUCGCCACCUCCUUCUCUGCCGGUGAGGCUGUUAAUGCUCGGACUGUGGUGCCAGAAGGCCCUGCGGCGGUGGUGAUCGGAGCAUUUGCACAUGGCUCGGUGAAAGUGGACUACACAGAGAAGAGUGUCUCCAUUAGUAACUACCCACUCUCUGCAGCGCUGACCUGUGCCAAAAUCUGCUCCGCCUUUGAGGAGGUGUGGGGUGUCCUGUGACACACAAAUCAUGAUGCCUGUAUUUAAAAGGCAUAUUUACAUUGGACUACAGCUACAUCCUGAGUGUUGCCAUAUGAACAACUACUAGUACCUGAAAACACCCAUUCCCAUUAUAAAUAUGAUUUUUUUUUUUUUGGUUUUCUCAAGAAAAGGAGAAGAUAAUUUGCCAUCGUAUGAACCCAAAAGUCAUUAACUCAUCAUAAUGGGAUUUUUUUGUGUCUUUUUUUCCGUUUAUAACGGGAAGGAUAAGUUUCCUUUUUCAAGUUGACAGUGGUUGUGAUCUAAAAACUUGUUUUUUACUCAACAUUUAGUUUAGUCCUGCUUUAUUGAGUUACUCACUAGUUAAGCGUUCUGUAGAGCUCUCAGGCACUACAUGAGUGCUGCUAAUAAAGUGUAAAAGAAUUGUUUAACAUUCUCCUUCAAUAAGUUGAUGUUUGGACUUUAUGAUUAUUUUUGUAUCUAAUAUCGUCAUUUUUUAAAAUUCCAUAAUAGGUCCUGCGAAGUUUAAAAAUAAAAAUAUAUUAUUCGGAAAUGGUGUUAUUAUUGAAGUUCCAUGUAGGAGAUAAAGUUCGUGGAUGAAAACAUUGUGUUUAACACAACUGAUGUAACAAAUAACAGUAAACAAUUGAAGAUUGCUGAAAUAACUUUAAUCCCAAUAUUUGUGCUUCUGUGAUCUUUUCCUGAUAUUCUGCUGCUUUUACAACCUUGAGCUCCUUUCAGGAAGCCUCAGUUUCUGUGGUUCUUUAUCCUGGGAAGAUGUGACCUGCUUUGGUUGACACCUCUGUCUCCUUUUAGCAUUAGCUGUUGGCUUUUGAGCUUGUUUGGUUCGGUUCAUUGAGGGCUGAGGUUUUUGAAGUUGUCCUCUGGUUUUCUGUAUUUCUUUGCUUUCUUUCUGAUUUCCUUUCAGAUUUUGGGAAAUUCAGUAUUGUAUUGAUAUAUAAGGAUUUCCUUCAACAACUUUGUGUAGAAAUGUUAUCUUUUAAGGAUUCAUAGAUGGUAGAUUACAAAGCCUAUGUGAUUUUGGAUUUAUAUAAUUUAUAUGCCAACAUAACA